CUUUAGCGAAUUUCCUCCAACAUUCCAGUAACCCGUCACCAUUCAACAUCCACCUGUCAAGGCAGACUUCACUGAAUAAUUUCACUCUUCUUAUGAUCCACAAAUUGCAUUCAAGUUUCUGUCGAAAAUCGCCGAAACGCGUCGAAAACGCGUCGAUUCGACUUGCAAUGCACAAGUAACGAGGAUCAGCCUUGCACUGCGUCCACAAGACUCCACACCAUAGUCUUGAUUUGUCUUCAUACGACAAGAACUGGUAUAUCUCCAAGCACAUAGCCAGGGGGUCUAUUGUCAUCUGCGGAGAAGACCCUUCGAGCCACGAUGGCUCCAGAAAGCCCGAAUAAGCAGUACCCUCUUUACAACACCACAUUUUCCCUCUAUCGAAUCUCUCCUCUCUUCACGGGUAGCAGUCUGCUACUCAAUCAUGUCGCUCUACACCAACAUGCACGACGAUUUCGAGACAUCCUUGCCGGUGAGGUACUGCGCGGGGUACGAGUUGGUCUGGGACCAGAUGACAACGUGCUCGCGCGUGUAGGAGCACUGCACACUGUAACAUGGAAGCUUCUGCCGGAGGAAGAGGCGUGGGCUGUGGAAGACGAAACAUAUAUAGGGAAUGACGAUACAAUUACAAGCCUGGCGAUCAACAGAGGGGUGCUAGUUACGGUUACGUACGAGAAAAUGGCAUAUCGAGCGAUACUAUUACGAGCUCGACAAGAGGGCAAGGUUGACGAAACCGUGGAUAGUGCUAGGGGGGAAGAUGAUGGAUUUCAGCAUUUUCCCCUGUUGCUGUCAAAGAUGCCUGGGCCUCUACGAGAAACAUUCGUGGAUUACCUCUCUACAACAUUCGACGCUCGGGUUUCAGCUCUUCGCCCAUCGAGCACACAUUUGACGGAUACUUUUGAGAAGUAUCUUUCAGAUAUCUCAAUUGGAGAGGACGGUGAGGUAUUGGAUGUGGCAGAGAGGAGCAGAUCGUUGAGAAAUGUCAUCAAGGAAACGGCCGUCUUUCUUAGUUUUGAUUUACCUGAUGCAUCUGCUUCUCUCAAGACGAUUGACAUUCAGAUUGCACGGGAGGACCUACCAAAAAUAAUCACAAUGGGGAAGCAGAUUGGAAAGCAAGGCCCGGGAGGCAAUCCAUUUCUCGACGCUCUAACGAUAUACAUUAAGGCCCACCUGGCUCUCAAUAUUGCAGACGAGAGAGUCAAAAUUGUGAGGAUAGCUUGCGGAGCUUUUGUAUUAGGAGGCGAGGGAAGAGUCAAGAUUACGCAACCUUUGAACGCUCCUGAUGGGGACAGUCCUCAGAGUCGAGCUACCCGAAGAUUGGUGAAUGAUUUGAUUAGUGUCGCAAGUGGAGGGGCUUUGUCUAAGGAGGAUGGGAUAUCUUGAACUUGGGGGCUACUUUGGUCAUUGCAGAAGUCCGAGACCGAGAUACUUUAAUGGCUCUUAACCCACAUAUCUGGGACACUCCUGGGGAGACAUAAUACCGUUGUCAUCAAUUUGGCCGAGCCAACGAGUAGAGGUUGCUGGGGAGGAAUUAGGUUGUGCUAGUACACCACACAAGGGUACACCGCAGGUAUGUAGACCACGCACGUAGCGUUCAAAAUAGUUGAAUUGCAAUGUCCCGAGUCAACUCGGAUCAUUCUCGAUACUUACCCCGGGAAUCGUUCGUCG